AUCGAUAGUGCACCCGCCAAUUAUAUAAAUAUUAUCUCGAAAAAUCGAACGCCGCCAAAUCAGAUGUUCAAAUAACGGUUUGUGGAGAUGGCAACCGCGAUUCAUAUCGUUUGACGUAUACGUUCAACGAGAUCUCUUUUAUAUUAUGUAUUUCAUAAAUUUUUAUACGAUCAUUAUAUACUUAUUGUCGUAUCAUCAACGAGAACUUGCCAAAUUUGGUGUUGUCAGUUUCGGAACGAUGAAAAGAUGUUCCGAAAUCUGAGAUUAAUCUUCGGCAAAAUCCGGCAAAAUACGACAAAAUCUUUUCAUUUAAGCGGACAGCGGUAUUUGGAAAGUCUGAGGGAACCCUCUCAACCGUUGAAACGAUGUCCAAAAUGGGUUUGCGUGGAAGACGCGGUAAAAAUCAUAAAUUCAGAACAUUUGGUUUUCAUACAAGGUGGUGCGGCCACGCCGAUGGAGCUCGUGCGCGCCAUGACCGAGCACGGGGUAUGCAACAAUUUGCGCGGCGUCAGAUUGAUGCAUAUGAGUCUCGAGGGAGAUACACCGUUUGUCAAUCCCGAGUUUGAGAAGCACUUCAGAUCCAUCAGCCUGUACGUGGGUACUAAUGUCAGGGAGGCGGUGAAUGAGGGACGGGCGGACUGCAUCCCGGUAUUCCUGCACGAGGCGCCGAGGUUGUUCUAUGAGAAGAGAAUCGUGCCGGACAUCGCGCUGAUCCACGUGAGCAUGCCGGACGCACGUGGAUUCUGCUCGCUCGGUGUGGGUGCGGAUUGUACCCGCGCCGCGAUUUGCACCGCCAAAGUUCUCAUCGCGCAAGUAAAUGAGCACAUGCCAAGGUGUUUUGGCGACACGGUGAUCCACUCGAGCCAUUUUGACUGGGCAGUGAGAUAUGAUUGUCCUUUACCUUGUGUGGUCUGUCCACCGCCCAACGACCUCGAACUCGAGAUUGGCAAGAUCAUUGCGCAGCGUUUGAUCGAGGAUGGAGCGACGUUACAGCUUGGUAUCGGUAAUAUUCCCGACGCGGUACUCUGUGCCCUGGUCAAUCACAAAGAUUUAGGAAUACACUCGGAGAUUCUUUGCGAUGCGAUGGUCGAUCUCGUCGAGCACGGCAACAUCACGAACAAGUGCAAGACCAAGCAUAGAGGACGUAUGGUCGGUUCUUUCGGCAUCGGCACAAAACGAUUAUACGAUUUCCUGCAUAACAAUCCAUUUGUCGAGAUGCUAGCGAUCAAUUACGUGAACGAUCCUCGGAUAAUCUCGAUGCAGCCAAGGAUGACGGCCAUUAAUUCUUGUAUCGAGAUGGAUCUUACCGGCCAGGUGUGCUCGGACAGUUUAGGCUGUAAGAUAUAUUCCGGCUUCGGCGGCCAGUUGGAUUUUCUUCGAGGCGCGGCGAUUAGUCAGGAUGGUCGUGGAAAGGCCAUCAUCGCGUUCCCCUCAGUCACCAGCAAAGGAGAGAGUAAAAUACAACCAGUGCUUAAACUCGGAGCUGGAGUGGUGGUUACAAGAGCUCACGCGCAUUACAUAGUCACGGAACACGGGGUGGCGGAUCUUUUCGGUAAAACCUUACGACAAAGGGCGAAUGCAUUGAUUCAAAUUGCGCAUCCCGAUCAUAGAGAAUGUCUCGAAAAGGCCGCGUUUGACCGCUUGAAAUCUAACCCAACAAAAUAUCUAUAACAUAAUAUCUCGUGUGAUAUGUAAAUAUAUU